AAUAUCAAGAGACACUCGCAUAAAGGCCAUUUGUCAACACCACUCACUCCGACAACGACCAUCCUACGACCAUGAAGCCCGAUUCAGAACCACCGAGACAUCCCUUCAGAAUCAAACAAUCCAACCCAUAACUCGGUUAAUCAAUCACAAGAUACGGUCUUAAUCUCAUUAUCCAGUAGAGUCAACCUCCCAUACAAUAGAGGAAUGAUCCGCAAUCAAAAUGGUGAUAGCGAGCGGAUCCCCAGGCAGUACUGCGUCAAACAAGCUUAGGAGAUCCCGCAGAUUGUCUUCGACUAGGGGACUGAAGGUUCGACUAAACGCAAACACAGCCAACCAACCGAUUCCCCAGCAAGACCUGAAUCAGAAGCUCGGUCUGUGCCCGAUAGUUAGUCGAAACGUGGUCGAUACAAAAGGUAAGGCGUCGAUCAAUUGGGAAUUGAACGAGAGAAUCAGCCUGAGCAGUGGAUCCAGUCCAGGGCUGGAGGUUCGGCCGGACGCGAAGAAAGGAAUAGAAUUGAGUGGAAAUCGGAAGAAGCCGGAGACCAACGGCAGACAGGUGAUGGUCGAUAAGCAAGAGCGCCGUGAGAAUGGGAAAAUCGGCAAGACAAGUCUACAGUUCAUGAACGUAUCGGGAUUUCAUCCGGAGGCGGAGAAGAGACGGAAAGACUCGUGGUCGAUCGAUGUGGAUGUGAUCGAGCGUCCAGGGGAGGAGGAGGAAGAAGAGAACGUGAUCAAAAGCGAUUCGAAGUAUGAAAUAGGAAUCCCCAGCGAGGGGACCGCUGGGUCCAGGAAAUCGACGAAGCAGAGGCGACAGCUGUCUACUGGGACCAAGUCGCAGAAGUGCGGGAAAAACGACGAAGACGAGAGCGUAAAUGGGAAGUGGGGCAGGAAGAAGGUUGACAAAACUAACGACUCGAUUUCCAAGAGGCUGGAGCUGAUUCACGAGCUGAACCAGAAGAUCCUAGCGAACUACGAGCGGUUUCAGCAGAAGUCUAGGUUCAAGAAUCAUUUGAAAGAGGCGAAGGAUACUCUGUCUAAAAGUACCUCGAAAGAGCAGAGUGGCAGAAGUCGGUCGUCCUUGAAGGAAGAAAAGGAGCCGCGAAAAGAGGACUACGUAUACGCGGAAGCCAAACGAAAGGGAAGAACAAAAACAGAAUGCGUAAUUCAGAGAUCGUGUCAAGAUCUGUUGACGCAGCGCAAGCUGGACAUCGACAAGUUCACCUUCUCCAAGGAUCACUGCGAGAAAUUGACUGUCUCGAAGGAUCAUAGACUCGACGCGUUGGACAAGAAACGAUCGACGAAAACGCUGUCGAAAUCGAGAAUCCUUCGCGAUAAUGAGAACUUCAUCAUGGCUCCGAAACCGGGUUUCUGCGAGAUCAACGACGAUAAGGAUAGGCGAACGGCUACGAGGACCGAAUACGGUAGUAGAUCAAGACGAAACGAGGAAAGGAAGAGUGUUUUUUACCCGAUCGAGGACGACGAUGGUCAGGAAGACUCGAAAAAGCACGUAGACGGCACGAUCAACGAUGACACCGAUUGUCUAGGGAACUCCAGAUUGUAUCCAGAAACCUACAGCGAUCGCUCUAACGAAACGAGAAUCGAGUUGGCAAACGGGGACGAUCGAGGUGGGACGAGCACGUCGAAAGAGGCGAUAGAUCGGGACGAAACGGAGACCGAGCGUGCGGCUGGAAUCGAUCAGACUGAUGAUAGGUCUCGAGAGGAGAAACGUAGCCAGGCUAUCGAUCAGACGGCUCACAAGAUUCUGGAAAAUCUCGACGAGACUAUCGAUAAAUUUGAUCGUGAAAAAAUAGAAGGAGGAAUGACUCGAGUCGAGGACUCGAAGAACGAAGAGAAGAAAAAGAAGGACAGCUUCGAUGACUUUAUGCAAAACAGUAGCGGCUCGUUGUCAGAGCUGACCAACCCGAAAGUGGCCGGACUCCAAGAGACCUUUAAUUCCUCUUGGGACUCCGGUGUCGGUGUAGAUGUCACCGGCGGAAGUGGUUGGGUCAGGAUACACACCGGGAUCGAGAGCAGCCUCGUCUAUCUCACUCUGGAUACCACCGCUAGAGACGUCUGCAGGGACAUGCUGUUAGGCGACGACUUGUCUCUGUUUAUACAGUACGGAGGCGAGUCCGGAAGGAGAUUGGCUUCUCAGGAGAAACCACUCGAAAUACAGGACCAAUUUCUUCAAAAGCUCGGCUACCAGGACGUAUCCAGGCGGUCAAGACUCGGAGUCGAUCCUGAAUUACGACACCUCAUCGCGUUCCACGUGGGACCCGCAUCCCCCUUGCCGGAGCUUGUUGGAUACAGCCGUUGCGGGUACGCGCUCGUGUUGAAGGGGUUGGUUUUUCCCCAGUGGAAGAGGCGACCCUUGGCUGUCAUCGGAUCCAGGCUGUUCCUUUAUCCAGCCUGUCCAGAGUCUAGGCCAGAGUGGAUGGAACUAACUGGCGGGGGUGCGGUGUGUUAUGCCCCGUCACGUCUGGGCAAACUAGUACUGCGUAUCACUGGAUUUCCAAGAGUCACUCAACAGUGUCAUCAGAGUCAACAACAAGAGGACAGUCACCAUCGCGAGACGAGACACUUAUAUCUCGGCUUUCACCACCCCUGGGACAGAGACUUGUGGAAAAGUUGGAUUAAACAGGCUAUACAAUUGUCAACGGGUCCAAAACAGUUGGAUCUCAGUAACGGGGGCCUGUCAAGGAUUCCCGACAGUGCUAUAGCGUUCCCAGCGAUAGAAGAGCUAAUACUGAGCCAGAAUCAACUUACGAACACGAAGAACAAUAUGAUACUACUACACAGGUUCCCGAAACUUCAUAUCCUCCAUCUGGAGUGCAACGAGCUGAGGAGAAUACCACGGGAAUUACUGGAGCUUACGGGGUUGACCUACCUCAAUCUCUCAGACAACAAAAUCGAGAAAAUUCCGGCCGACAUAAGCCAGCUUAUCAACCUGAAAGAGUUAAUUUUGGAUCGUAAUGGGAUCAGAGAGCUACCGCACGAGCUCGUGGAGCUGAAGAACUUGAGAAACAUUUCCUUGGCUGGAAAUUGCCUCAGCAGUUUGCCGUCUUUUUUCAACAUGCGAGCUCUCGCGCUAACGGACGUUUUAUCGAAGGCAGACCAUAGCAAAGAUUGCAAGGAUGAAAAGCAUAAUCAGAAUAAUUUGUAUAAAGUCAAUCUACGAAAUAAUCAACUCAAAGGAAACAUUAUACUUGGAAAUUACGGAAAUUUAACGCAUCUAGACGUCAGUGAAAAUAGCAUUGAAAAAUUGGACAUCAGUGCUCUUCAAGAAUUGAGGAGCGUUCGUUGCGCGCGAAAUAUUUUAACAGAAUUGACGGUCUGCGGAAGAAAUAUCGUUUCUCUUAUUGCUGGAAACAAUAAAUUAAAAAAGCUAACUAUCGAGCCCGUACCUGUGAAUCUUGAACAUCUAGACGUUUCCUACAACAAUUUAGAUGCACUUCCGGAAUGGAUACCAGAUCUACCCUUAUUGCGCGCUCUUUUUGCGUCUCACAACGCUUUAACAGCUCUCCCAGACAGACUGCUAACGCAGCCGUCAAGAUUGGAAGUCCUUCACUUACCUCACAAUAGACUACAAGCCCUUCCACCACCAAGGAAACCAUUGAACAUCGUUCACUUGACUCUGCAAGACAAUGCACUAACUGCAUUACCAACGAGUUUCUUCAUCAACACCGAAAAGAUGAAGGUACUAAAUCUGUCCAAUAAUCGACUGUCAGAACUUCCACACUUGGGAGAAGGAAACAAAAGCCGUCAUACUAAUCACAACUUGGAGAAACUAUAUCUGACUGCAAAUUGUUUAACAGACACGGCUUUGGACACUCUUGCGAAAUUGACUUCCUUAAGGGUUCUUCAUAUAGCGUACAACACUUUGGACACGCUUCCAGAAAGCUGUAUAGUCUCUUGGACUGAUUUAGAAGAAUUAGUAUUAUCUGGAAAUCGUCUUCAAUAUUUGCCAGACAAUGCGGCCAAUUUACGGCAUUUACGCGUGUUACGUGUCCACUCCAAUCGGCUCCUAACUUGUCCGACAUUUAAUAAAACAACAUCGUUAAAGGUAUUAGAUUUAGCUCAUAAUCAACUGGACAGGGUGAACAUGGCUACUUUAGUGCCACCACAGCUUCAAUUUCUUGACAUAUCCUGCAAUUCGAGACUCCACGUCGACCCCAGACAAUUCCAAGUAUAUAGAUCUCAACGACCAAUAUCCUUGGUUGAUGUAUCUGGACAAAAUAGACCGAGUCUACCUUCUCAUCCUCAUCAACAGGAAAUGGUUUCAGCAGAAAGAGGAUCCGAACAACCUUGGAGAUUAGGUUUCUCAGAAACAGCAGGAUCUAGAGAAAGGUUAUACGUAUCGCAAGUUCGAAUGCCAUCCUUUUGCAACGUGGAGGGCCUAUUCGGUAUAUUCGACGGCGGUUCUAACCAGGAAGCGCCAAGCGCACUCCAGGAAAUGAUCCCGCGUCUUUUACUGGAGGAGAGGACCGUACGAGAAACAUCGAAAGAAUACUUAAAAUACACGUUACUGUCUGCCCAUAGAGAGUUGAAGGAAAAGGGUCAGAAAUAUGGAAUUGACGCGACUCUGGUGCACAUUGUCAGAAUUCAAUCGCAACAAGCGUACCCAAAAACAUCGACGAAAUAUUCAUUGAAGGUAGCAACUUCAGGAGAUGCAAAAGCGGUUCUCUGUAGAGCUGCUGGCCCUUUGACUUUGGCACCUCCCAAGAAAGUUCCUGUGAAAAAUCAGUUAGGCAACGCGGCAAUGUUUCCUCUGGUGGUUCCUGAUCCCACGUUUGAAGAGGUAGAUAUAGAAGAUGACGACGAAUUUGUGAUAAUCGGCAAUAGAAGACUGUGGGAGGUGCUGAGCGUUCAGGAAGCCGUUCGAGAAGCCAGGGCGGAAGCCAGUCCUGUUUUGGCCGCUAAAAGGCUUCAAGAUCUGGCACAGGCUUAUGGUGCAGAAGACAAUUUGAGUAUCGUAGUGGUGCGACUUACAGGACCUAAUCAGGGUGAUCUAGAUCAAUUGAUGAGAGAGCUGAGACACGCAGUUGGAAAGAACAGAGGUCAAACGGAGGCAGGGUGUCCUUGUCCUUGUUGCGUGCCACUGGCUGCUCAUAAGCCACCGGGACCAUGCUGCUGUCACGCGAACGAAGGCUAUUAUUUAAACGGCGUGUUGAAAAGCAUAGUGAAUAGGUCAAACAAAGCUCACAAUGGAUCUGGUAGAUAUUUUAAGAACCGCCGAUCGACGCAGGAAAACGAAAGUCCGUCGUAUAAAGAUGACAGAAGUUCACCGAGUGGUCAGUCUGAUCAAGCUAGUGAUAGUACUUUCAAAUCAAGGCAUCCUACUGGUAGAGUCUGGUCUGGAAGUGCCGCUUCCAGAGCCACGAACAAAGCUCGGCAAAGCGUUGUGGUGAAAGAAAAUGGCACGAGAAAGGUAUCUACCUGUUUAACGGCUCAAGAGGACACGGUAUCCGAGAGAUCCGGUGCGCUAAGCGAGGAGCAGUUCCGUUGCUGGGAAUAUAUGUUGGAACAGAAUACUCAACUCUUGUUCGACAAGGAAUUAGACACCCUAUCAAGGACUCCCCUACGACGAGGUCAAUCGAGAUCCACGCCUCAAUUAGCCGGUAAUUUGCCUUUUCUAUCAAAGAGAUUUGGAAGUGCCAGGUCCUUUAAUCCUUCCCUACCGAGGCCGCCCGUCGUUCGAUUUGGUAGCGGAAGAAGAUUACUAAACGGAGGUCCUAACGCGGCUUACUUUGGCAGCCUGCAGAGGUUGAUGCCGUAUAAUCUCGAAUACGAUUUCGCCGUCAUUCAGGAAAGAAACGGAUUAGAUUCGCUGGAACAGGACGCAUCGAGGAUGCAACAAUAUUGGGGAGUGGCUACGACCGAAUUGUGAUAGCGAGUUGAGCACAGUGUUGUUGCAAUUGUGAAACUAUAUCGUGAUGUUGAAAGGUAUAUACGUACACGUGUUAUCGUCAUUUAUGGCGGAUAUAUGGCAUUAGAAGAUAGACUUAUCUCUUAAGCAGAAAUACGAAAAAUGAAAAGCGACAAUGAAAUGCGACGAAUUGAUAAUACCAGACGGUGAUUUAUGCAAGAGCUAUUAAGCUUUAGCUGAUCGUAACAAUGUGGAAACUACUCGACGAAGAGAUUUUUCGUUAAAAAUUACAGGCUUAUUUUAUUUUUUCCUUAUCUUGUGUACAUGUAUUUUGGAUACAGAACUUAUUGGUUCCGUUGUUGUACAUUUUAAUCUGAAUUUAUUUCACAAGAUAAAUUAUAACUCAAACUUUUUUAUCAUGUUUGUUGAUAUACCGACUCACUGCGUGAGCGAUUCAAGCGAUCAGUAGAGUUAUUUAUAUUCAAGAAUUGAACGAAUUAUCGCUAAAAAUGCAUAUUGAAACUUCCAUUUAUACGGUAUACGACAUGCGAUAUGUAUGACUGUCAAGCAGAAAAAUAAAAGGCAUUCAUAUUUGUACAGUCUUGUUGCCAAAUAUAUGUUUAUGAAUUAUAAUGUAUUUUUCUAAACAUUAUAUAAAUAUAAAAAACGGUGGUUGCGUGCACAUUUGUUUCAACAAACACGUUUGUAACAAACGUGAAUGAAUAUAAAAUAUGAAAUAUCACAAAUUGUGAAAAAUGCAUUAAGAUAAGCUAUCCUAAAGACAAACUGCAAGCUAAGUAUUUACAUGGGAUACAUAUGUAUGUAUAUAACUCUAUCUAAGCAACAAAUAGCGCGAUCUCACACUGUUUGUACAAAGUAUACGGUUACGUAUUAGAACGAGUUUGAAAAAUCUUUUUUGAAUAUUCCAUUUUUCCAUUCUCAUCCUAGACGGGCGAUUCUGUGAUUAAACAUUACUUAUCUCUAUAAAUCCAUAUUAUAUUAAAUGUGAGAAAUUGUAUAACUUGAUUUUUUAAGUGCAACUUCGAUUUGUGUAAGUUAAUCAGAUUCCUAUAAUGAUUAUGGUCAAGAAUAUUUUUAUACAAAUGAAAAAUGUAGCGAUUACUGUACCUGAGGCUAUCAAAUAAACGAUCAAACGCCAAGAACAAUAAAUUUGUUAUAAUAUAUCAAAAUAAUCUAAUUAACAUGAAAAUAUAAUCACAAAAUUUAAACUUAUACAAUCAAGAUCCAUUGACCCGGAACAAGUACAUUACUUAGUUGGCUUAUAUAUUUUUUCAUCAACUUAUAAUGAUAAAUUAACAAUCUCGGUACCCCCAGACAUCAUCCCGUUAUCUCUGUUUUCUCGUCAGCUAAUGUUUUUUAAUGGUGGCGUUGAUAAGGCAUUAUCUUAUUUGUCGACCAGCAUUAAACUCUCUAUUUCUCUAUCGCAAUAAAGUCUCAUUACCACAUCAGAGAAGUAUUACAAGUAUAGAAACUUUCUUUCCUUGUUCGUCGUCUGGAUAAAUUUCAGAUAUUCAAGGUAAAUACAGCUGACUUCUAUUAAGAUAAGCAUGAGACUUUGAUUAAGUACAAAAACCCGGAUAAAGGUUCUUUGAAUGUGUAGACAAUGGAUUAACUUCUACUGUUUUUUAUGAAUAUGCAUAUUACUAUCGAAUACCGUUAUAACUUAAUGUUCAAUCACUUUAAUUUGUAAAAAUUGCAUGUAAUACUGCAAACUACAGAUAAAUCAUUAAAACCGCAUUUUAUUAUUCUUGAUAAUGCACCUCUCCUAAUUAAAUUUUCACAUCUUUAACAAUUAAUUAUUGUUUUUGAAAAAUGAUUGAAAUAUGAAACUAUACAUUUAUAGCUAGAAGUGUUUUUUCGACCGUUCGCGGAGAGACGCGACACGUCAACGGGAGUCGUAAAUUCCCGUUACAAUUAGACAAUCGACGCCACGAACUGAUCCAUCCCCUAUUUCGAUUAGGAUAAUCGGGGUAGUUUAAUGAGUAUAAUGCUUAACUAACAGUGCUAAGAUAGUAUAUAUUUCCAACAACUUUGUAGGAAAGAUAGUUAAGCUGGUGAGUAAGGUGUAAGUUAAGUGGGUGAAUGAUUGAAGGGUGAAAACCUGGUAAAAAAAUGUUGACUGUUCUAAAAAUGAUGAACCAGUGAAUCCGAAGACGAUGCUGUUGCAAAGGAAAACUCUUGCUCGGUGGUAAUCGCCCCACCACUGGUCGCUUGCGGGUGGAAUUCCGGGAAACAUGGAAAAACCUUUUGACUCGAAGAUGUUUUAUGCCACUUAACGACCUUAAGAGUAAAUCAAAAAGCCUCGUUUUAUGACAGUUCCUUAGGAUUAUUGGGAUCCGCUUAAUUCUAUGUGCACAGCUCGAACCGAACGUAACAAGAAGAGUUCUUCGAAGAAGGACCUAUAAUAAAAUUUAUCGUAAUUUAAAUCAAUCCAUUUUCAUUCCAAAAUCUCAAGGUCAAAUAUUCAUAAUUAUUCCUCGUUACUUAUAUAAUUUUCAUCAUAACAUUUUAUAUUUUAAUAAAAUUAGCGAUUUCUGUACAAUUCCUUAUUUGUAUUUCUGCCACACCUCCGAACUAAAUAAAAUUGCUCGAUAUUUUUGAAUCGUUAAGUAAUUAUAUUGAUAAGAGCUCAAUCUCUAGUGUUCCUUUAUCUACGAUAUAAGUUGGUAACAUCUAUUUUACGAUCGCGAGCAGUAUUCGUGAUAAGAUUAUUGAAAAUGAUCUAACAAUAAACUAACAAGUUUCAGGAAGUAAAUAAUCUUCGUAUUGUAAUAUAGCUAAUCUUUAAUUUAAAUUCGAUCAAAUCUUGUAAUAUUUGCUUCUGAAAACAUUAGAUAUAUAUAAAUAUUUUAAUUAAAAAAAAAUUAAAUUCCCUUAAAAACUAACAAAUAAAUCUGAAUUAAAAGCUAAAAGAUUUUUUUUCUUUGUCUGAAAAUAACAUUAUUUAUUACAGUUGUUUAUUAUGCACUUUACUACGUUCGCUCCAACACGUCACAUAUUAAUGACGUUCCAUUCUUUAUGGUAAAUGGACGUCACACAUACGUGACGGUAAUAAGUUAAUAUUCUACAAUCACAGUAUUUAUAUGUAUAUAGCAUUACGUAUACAAAAUAUAUCAUUUCGAAUAUUAACUUGACCUCUUUUUUCCAUUUAGUUUACUCAUUUAAAAUUAUCAUAUAGAUAACAUGGACGUUUUCUAAAACAAGAAUUCAAAUUUUAACAAACAAAAUUACCGUCAACACUAUAUUGCAAAAUUUCUAAUGACGAAACCAAACACUCACAUUUUAUGUAAGGAAGUCAUGUAUGAAGCAAUUCGCAUACAAAUGACGUCUCUAAAUAUGACAAACAUAUUGUUUACAAGUUUGACGAAGUAUUUUUUGGAUGAGAAACGCCUACAAUAAUAAUGAAUAAUGUAGCAAUAGCAUCCAUUUACCAAUAUAAUCAUGUUAUGGUUCACUGCAUCAUAGAUGCAACUAAAAUUCCAUUAAUUGAAUGUGUAUGAAUUCAUUAAUUAGAAAGUAAGAGGAAUGUAAGAAAUGAUUAUUCUUGAUAAGUAUGUAAAUAUAUAAAAAUCGAAAAUUGGCUGUGAAAGAUGUACUUUUAAUUAUAUAAACACUUAAACAAUCGAGAAUCCUGUGAUUAGAUAGAGAGAAGUAUGACUUUAUGUAGUGUAUUAUAUAUCAAUUUAUUUUUGUAAAUUUUUAUAUAUUGUAAAUAAAGUUUAUAUAAAACAGAAUACAAAACAACAAUAGUCAUUUCUUUCUAAUUUCCUCAUCUCUGAAUUAGUUAAUCUACGAAUUUUGAUUGUACAAAUUAAAUGAUUCCCUAUAUCAGGGUUAUAGAUUUAUAAAAUACUUUUUGAUCGUUAAUUAUCAAUGGUGAGUAUUUUUCCGACAAACACUUUACAUAAUGUUACGUACAAUUACAAUUGCGCUUGCAUAAAUAAAGUUCAAUUAUUUCAGAAGAAAUAGCUAUAUAAUAAUUAACAUUUCGUUGCUUAUUUAUCUCAUUUUAUUCUUAAUAAAAUAUUUCUUUACAAAAAAAUGAUAAUUCUGCAAAUAUCCCAUCCUAAACAUUUUUUUAAUAUGAUAUAUUCUUCUGAAAAUGUUCGUUCCUUCCUUCAUUAAUGUAAUACACUAACACUAACGCAUUAAAGUUUGCAAAUAAAAAAUGUAUUAUGCAUUAAUAGUUCUCCCUACUUUAUACAUUAAUGUAGAAUAAAUUACAAUUAAUUUGAAUAAAAAUUGCAAUUCUUCAUACGAUAGAUAGUUAGAAUAUAAAAUUAUACAAAAUAUAAAAUAUAGAUAUAUGAAAUAUUAAAAUAAAAUAUAUGAAAGUAUAACAAAUAUAAAAUAAAGUCCAAAAUAUAGUGCGCGUGUUCUACAAAAAUCGUGUGACACGUCCAUACAUCAUAUAUACAUAUGUAUACACGAGUCUGCAUACAUAGAUGUUGACCAUAUCAGAGAGUCACGUGCGUAGGUAUACAAGAGGAAAAGAAAAGUGGGGGUUUGUAGGGUUUGCAUAACCUGAUUGAAAUCCGACUCCAACAGUCAGUAGUAUUUCGACGGCGGCAAAGGUUGUCUGUUCUGUUUAGGCAAAUCGUGUCUUUCCCUCUUUCUUUGUCUGUUUGCCUUUGUUACUCGCUUAUAAUUGUGUUCGUAACAUUUGUAGGAAUUUUAUCAUCGCGAUGUGCGCACACGUUAUAUAUUCGUCUGUGAAACACUGUGUGACUACUUUUUAUAGUUAGUUCACUUGCUAUGAUACCCACCAGAAGAAGAGCUUGAUACAGUGCACGUGACAAAACUUAUCAUUUGGUUUUUGAUACGUGACAGACCGUGUGAUUGCGUCAACCUGUCUUCAAGAGAACAAAGAGGGGGUGCAACACAAGCAGCAAGAGGUACCACGCGAGACUAACUUCAUCGAGGUGGCGACUGAACAUACAUCAGACAUGAGGGGAUCUAAAAGGGACUGGAUUUUUAGAGUCCAGG